AUGAACACUGAGGAUCAGAUUAACAUGUCCAUCCAGUACUGCUUUCCUGGUGUCAACUCAUCUUGCAGAAAGGAGCUCCACACACCCACCAACCUGCUCAUCCUCUCUCUGGCUGUGGCGGAUCUUCUCGUGGGACUGAUUGUUAUGCCUGUAAAAAUAAUGGAGCUCAUUGACUCCUGUUGGUAUCUUGGAAAAAUCGCAUGCUCUGUUUCUCCAAUAAUUUAUUAUCUGUCCAUGUCAGCAUCUCUCUGUAGCCUGAUUUUCAUUGCAGUUGACCGGUACAUUGCUGUCAGUGACCCUCUGCUGUACUCUACGAGAGUCACAGUUUAUAAAAUGUCUGUGUUCAUCAUGAUGUGCUGGUCUAUCUGUUCAUUUUAUGCCAUUAUCUAUUUGUACACUAAUGAUCACCUUCUUCUAUCUCAGAUAUCCAGUGAUUGUUAUGGGGAGUGUGUCGUAUUCGUCAAAUAUUCCUGGGUAAUUUCUGACCUGGUUAUUGGUUUUCUUGCCCCUUGCUCUGUUAUACUGGUCUUGUAUUCCAUAAUUUUUAAUGUGGCCAGACGUCAAGCUAGAGCUGUUAGAGCUGUGAAAAUUGGAGCCUCAAAGAAACACAGAGCUGAACCUUCACAUUCUUCUGAAACCAAAGCGGCGAAAACAUUAGGAAUCAUCGUUUUUGUUUAUCUUGCUUGCUGGAUUCCGUUUUAUGUAACUUCUCUGUCAGUUGAAAGUGUCACGUCUUCGUCUAUGGUGUGGACUGUGUUUGGAUGGCUGCUAUACAUGAACUCCUCUGCAUAUCCACUGAUUUAUGCCAUGUUCUAUCCAUGGCUCAGAGAAUCAGCUAAGAGAGUUUUAUCAUGUGGAAUAUUUAAAUCUUUUAGCUUCCUCUUUCACACUACAGUCCAGUACAGUGACUGCAUUACUGCUGUGGCCUGCCCCAGCCUGCUGCCAAUCUCAGAGGGUCAUGCCAUCCUUUGCCAAGCUAGGACCAUUGACACUGACCUGCUGCAGUGA